AUGCCCAGAGUCUUCAAGUUCCUGAAAACCGCCCUCUCGCCCGGCACGGCCAAUUCCGCCCCGCACCACGCCCGCGAGAGGAGCAAUGCCUCGCCCAAGACUUCCUCCACCUCGUCGGCUGACGACACAUGGCUCCCCGACUUUGACCCCCUCACCGUCACCGCCUUUGAGCUGUCGGAGCUUCUCAACGCACAGGCGAUUACAAGCGUGCAGAUAGUCCAGCUGUACCUCAAGGAGAUUGGCCUGCACAACCGAAGAGGCCGCCAGCUGCGAGCCCUGAUUUCCGUCGCGCCAAAACACGAACUGCUGAAGAUGGCACGCCGGCUGGAUGAAGAGCGUGCGCGGGGCAAGAUACGCGGCCCGCUGCAUGGCAUCCCCAUUGUGCUCAAGGACAGCAUCAUGACGGACCAGAAACUGGGAAUGGACACCACGGUCGGCUCCUAUGCUUUCGUCGGAUGCAUCCCCAAGAAGAGCGCCACCAUCGUCGACCGUCUGACCAAGCGAGGCAUGAUUGUCAUUGGCAAGUCAAACCUCACCGAGUUCUGCGGCCUCAAGAACCCCUCGAUGCCUCCGGGGUGGUCGGCCGUCGGCGGACAGUGCCAGUCGCCAUAUGUCUCGAGGCACAUUGAAAAGCGAAAACUACACUGGGAACUUUCGGCUCCCGGUGGCUCUUCAACGGGGUCAGCCGUAGCCGUGGCGUCUGGGUUCAGCACUCUGGCUAUUGGCACAGACACGAUUGGAUCCCUCAUUACACCGGCGAACCGCGCAGCCCUGUAUGCGCUGAAGCCCACUGUGGGACAGGUCCCCAUGGACGGAAUCUUCAGUCUUAGCAAAUCAUUCGACGCGGUUGGCGGCAUGGCCAAGUCCGCAAAGGAUCUCGUGGCGCUCAUGGACGCCUUAAUGGUGCCAACCAAUAGGGAAGAAAACGCUCAGAGUCCGCAUCGAUCGUUCAAGAUUAAGCCCGACUUCGGGACGCUGCGUAUCGGCAUAUGCGAGCCGACCAUUUGGAAGUCGUGGCGGAAGAGUGGGCGUAUUAAUGCUGACGCCGAGCGCUUCAUGACACAAAAGUAUGACACGAUUGUCAACAGCAUGAUUGAAAUGGGUGUCGACGUGGUGUACCCUAUAGAGCUGCCCAACCAGGCGAGUUUGACCGUCGAUGGCAAGAACUGCUUUGAGCCUGUUGUUUACUCGGAGUUCAAAGACUGCUUGUUAGAGUUUAUCCGCGAUUUCAAGGUUACUAAGAUACAUUCGCUGGCGGAAAUCAUUAAUUUUAACCUCGAACAUCCCGAACUGUGCCUACCACCGACAUGUCCAGAACAAAACGACCUAAUGGCCGCCCUGCAAUCCACCACCGAGCGCGAAGACGUCAACGCCGCCCGCCAACACCUCCAAACCGCAGGCGGCCCCGAAGGCCUCGACUACCUCUUCACCAGCCUCUCCCUCGACAUCAUCGUUGCCCCCGGCGAUGCCGCCCUCCCCACUCUCGCAGCCGCCGCUGGCUACCCCACCGCCGCAUGUCCCUUGUCCGCGCUCAAACUCAACGGCCAGCCCUUUGGCCUGACCAUUGCGUCACGCCCACACACCGAACACACGCUCCUUCACUUCCUAACCGCAUACGAAAACAUCUUUCCCCCACGCGCCCUCCCCAUGCCGCUCGCCUCCGUCCCGCUACAAGACCCGAACCCAGAGCCCCUACCCGACCAGCCCAUCAUCGACUUGAUCCUGCACGAGUGGGACACGCGCAGAUUCAGCUGCAGCGCCGAUGCUCUGGCUGAUUGGCUCAAUGCCCGCUGGCGCAAGAGCGGCUACGAACUCAGCCCCGAGACGGUCUGUGAGGUGCUUAGAAGUAACGGGCGGAUUGCAUUUAGAGGCCUAGGUGAUGAUGCUGAAGGUGCUUUUUCGCGGUGACCUUCUUUCGUCUCGUCUCGUUACUGUCCCUUUUUUUUACACGCUCUGAUAGCGAUUUUCAUUUUCCCCCUGCCUACCCUUAUUUUCCAGGGGUUUUUUUUUUCGGGGGCAGAAAGGACAUUUUUAUCUAGACUUUAGCGUUGGCGUUUUCUGGCACGUUGGCUUUGCCUCGCCAUGUAUGUAUUCAUAGUUUUUUUUGUGGAACAAGGCCGGUUUUUUUUUCCAAUGGGCCUACGUGGGUGCAUGGAGAGAUGCAGUACACGGACUCACGGUAGAUGAUAGCGAGAGUGAGAGUGAGAGUGAGAGUGAGAGUGGUAGUAACUCUGCACGUAUGUAUUCGUAGCUGUGUGAACAAG